GGGGCGGGGCGAACACAGUCGGCGCGGUGGACGCGGCGGAGCUCGGCGGCGGAGCUCGGCGCCCUCGCCGCCGCCGGCGGACGGCGACCGGGAAGGGGCCGGCGACAUGUCUGGAACGCGCAAAGACCUGGCGGAAGCGGACGACAGCCAGUGCGACUCGGGAAUCGAGUCGCUGCGCUCCUUGCGUUCGCUGCCCGAGUCCGGCCCGGCGACCCCGGGCGCCGCCAAGGAGGACGAGGAGGGCGAGCGCGUCUACUCGGCCUACGCCUCUGCCUCGCUUAUUGAGCCCCUGCCCCUGCCCGGGGUCUCCGAGCCCCAGCCCCCCAGCCCCAGCUCACCACUGCCCCCCGCGGGGCCCCUGAGCGCCCAGCAGCUCGAAGCGCUCACUUACAUCUCCGAGGACGGCGACACGCUGGUCCACCUGGCAGUGAUCCAUGAGGCCCCGGCCAUGCUGCUAUGCUGCCUGGCCUUGCUACCCCAGGAGGUCCUGGACAUUCAGAACAAUCUCUACCAGACUGCUCUGCACCUGGCUGUGCAUCUGGACCAGCCAAGUGCUGUUCGGGCCCUGGUGCUGAAAGGGGCCAGCCGCACGCUGCAGGACCGACAUGGUGACACAGCCCUGCAUGUGGCCUGCCAGCGCCAGCAUCUGGCCUGCGCCCGCUGCCUGCUGGAGGGGCAGCCAGAGCCAGGCCGAGGACCAGCCCACCCCCUGGACCUCCAGCUGCAGAACUGGCAAGGCCUGGCCUGCCUCCAUAUUGCCACCCUGCAGAGGAACCAGCCGCUCAUGGAGCUGCUGCUGCAGAACGGGGCUGACAUCGAUGCCCAGGAGGGCACCAGUGGGAAGACGGCCCUACACCUGGCCGUGGAAACCCAGGAGCGGAGCCUGGUGCAGUUCCUGUUGCAGGCAGGUGCCCAGGUGGAUGCCCGAAUGCUCAACGGCUGCACACCGCUGCACCUGGCUGCUGGCCGGGGCCUGAGCAGCAUCUCAUACACGCUGUGCCAAGCUGGUGCUGAUGCCCUGCUGCUGAAUGUGGAGGACGAGACACCCCAGGACCUGGCUGAGGAUGUAAGAGGCAUAUGCUCUCCCCUGCUCUGUGGGCGUUACAUGCCCAUAGCUGAGCCGCUCACUCUCCUGCCCUUCGAUGAUCUGAAGAUCUCAGGGAAGCCGCUGCUGUGUGCCGACUGAAGCCGGGUAGGGCUGGGAGUCUGGGGGCCGCACGUGCUGCAGCCUGGACCCAGGCUGGCUGCCCUUCUGGCGUCCUAGGGACUGAGGCCCAAGCCUAGGGCAGGACAGUCGUGAGUUGAGAGGAGUCUGGAAGGAGAGCUCCUGGUGGACUGGACACGCAAAACCCAAGGUGUCUUAGUGAAGCCUGUGUGCCCCUGGAAGAGUGCAGGGGCUGUCGCUUCUACCAACAUCGGCCACCCUGCAGGUGCCAUCCAGGGAGAAGGCCUGGCUGCUCCCAAGUGAGAAGAGACUGAAACAGCAAAGCAGGGCCCCCAGGGGUCCCAUCUUCCUGCUGUUGAGAAUUCAAGCCUGGCGCAGGUGGUGGUGCAGGCCUGUAUUCCCAGCUACUAGAGAGGCUGAGGCAAGAGGAUCACAAGUUCGAGUCCCGCCUGGGCA